AUGCCGCCGAAGGGGAGCGGAAGAGGCGGCUCGCGAGGCCGACCCAGGGGUAGAGGCAGGGGAAGAGGGGGAGCAACCUCUUCAGUCGAGCAAGAGCCGCCGAUAGCAGAAGCACCUGAGCCAAUCCAAGGCCCACCAUCACAGGGCUCCGAAAAGCCUGCAGUCCCGACGCCCGUAAAUUCAGAGCUAGUUCCCACGCCUACUGCGACGCAGAGUGCUCCUCCACAAUCAGAUGUCCCCUCCACAGCAGAAGCCGCGGCAGCUGCCCCGCCCUCAGAUUCUCCUGCAGCAACACCUACCGAUUCUGGUAAAAGUAGCGGUCCAUCGAGGAAACGCACUACCGCUCCUGCAGUCCGGGGUACCAGAGGACGUUUGAAAGUUCCCCCGAACACAAUUCGACGCAGCAAAGAGGAAAGAGAUGCGGCUGAGCAGGCAGAGGCCGCGCGCAAGCGGGAAAGGCUCGCGGAGCUCCAAGCGAAGGCCGAUGCUGCGGAGGCAGCCAGGAGGCGCGAUUUCAGAGGGCGAGGACGCGGCGGUGGCAGUUCGAGGGGUAGGGGUGGAUUCAUGAGUGCGGAAACUUUUAGCGGGCCGUUUAGCGGUGGGAUGGUUUCUGCUGAUACAAGCAGAAGUGCCCAGCGCGGUCACGAACGUGGAUGGGAUCGUGAGGGCUACUCUCGAACAGACGGUCAGCGCUUCUUCGGCCAACGGCAACAUCAGAUCAAGAAGGAGCCUAGAGUCAAGGAUGAGAAUCUCGAGGGACAGCUUGGCAUCAAGUCUGAGUACGAGGAUGGCGGAUACAUAUCAUCCGAUCCUGAAGAAGCAAUCGAAGGCCCACGUAUGGACGUCGACUAUAUCAACCUCGUCAGCAGCGAUGAAGACGAAGAAGGCGAAGGAGGAGGCCCAUCUGCUGGGAAGGCAAGAGAGCGCACCUACUCGCCGGUGUCUGGCCUUCCGCCGAUCCGAUUAGCCCGUGCUCCGCACAAAGAACGUCGCGUCGGCAUCAACACAGACGCUACGACAGCCACCUCUGGUGAGAUCAACGCACGCACUAUGGAAGGUGCAGCCGAUACCUCAGUUGAGGCAGCUGCCAGGUCCGCCGUGAGGAAGGGUAAAGCUCGGGCCAAAGACGUCGAGAUCGUCUCUGAAACCCGGACCUGGAAGGGUGUGUAUCAAGACGAGGAUGCGUCCACUGUGGCGGACGGUAUCAGGAUAAAGGACGAACCAACCGAUGAACCCAUGGCUAUCACUGUGCCGGAAGACGUGGCUGUCGGCAGGGGCAACUCUACACAAAAUGAGCCCCUCAAGGAGCCGCCUUCCUCCCCGGAACAGAGCAAGAAGAAGAUUCCUAAGCGCCGGAAAUCCUCUUUUCAAGACCGUAAACCUGUCCUUCAGACAGAUGAAGAGCGCGCUGAGUGGAAGAGGCAUGAGACUGAUCUCCAGAUCCUGGCGGAAGAGCUUGGAAACAUUGGGAUCCGUCCGACACCCGCCGCUUCCAGUUCCUCUGCUCCUGUGGCAGGGACACAGGACGCACAAGACGCCGAAGGCGACACCGCCAUGGUUAAUGCCGACCAGCCGGCCGCCGAGGGAGAGGCCGAAGCGGCCACCGCCCCCGACAAACGCGCAGACCGCGUCUACCUGUUUCAACUGCCUCCCAUCGUCCCCGAUCUUCAGCCUGCACCCUCUUCCAGCGUUAAAAAGGAGCCGCAAUCCCCCACCCUUACACGAGACAACGCCAUGGAUAUCGAUGCGCCUCCCAAUGGCUCCACUGCAGUGCCCAAUACCCAAGCACCCACCACAGCAGGCGCCAGCACAGAAGCCAACCCUGUUAAGAUAGAAGAUAGCCCCCUCGACUUCUCAAACCCGAUGGGUCCCUCUCUCAAGCCCGGUCUAGCGGGCAAGCUACGCAUCCACCGCUCCGGCCGCGCGACGUUGGAUUGGGGCGGCACUUCACUGGAACUGUCAAUGGGGACGGAUGUGAAGUUCCUGCAGGAUGUUGUUGUCACGAGAUUAGACGAUGAGAAAGAACGGGUGGGAAGAGAGGGUGGGGAGUCAUGGGGACUGGGGCAGGUGAGGGGCAAGUUUGUGGUUACGCCUGACUGGGCGGAGAUCGUAGGCUGA